CCAAUCAGUGAACUGUGCCGAAAGCCUUCCCUCGAUUUCCCCGUGCUGCUGCUGUGCCGUUGCGGGGCUGAUGUAAAGUUGCAUUUUCCGCAGCUGAAUCACCACCCACAGUACAUUAUUGGCGUUUCAUUUCCAUUUUUUGAAUAAAUAUUCUUCAGUUUCCACUUCUCAGCGGACUGUCGUAACACCUGGUCUGACAUGGCGACGGAGAUAACGAAAGGUGUGGAACAGGUCUCAGUGGGUGAGCUGUAUGUGUCGGACAAAUGUGGCAGUGACCAGGAUGGGGACGGCACGCAGCAGAAACCCUUCAAAACUCCUCUCAGGGCUCUAAUGUUCGCUGGGAAGGAGCCGUUUCCAACCAUCUACGUAGAGUCACAGAAGGAGGGAGAGCGUUGGGCCGUGAUCUCUAAGACGCAGAUGAAGAACGCAAAGAAGGCCUUUAACCGCGAGCAGAUGAAGUGUGAUGCCAAAGAAAAGAAGGAGGCAGAGGACACCGACAGGAGAGAGAAGAAUUUGGAAGAAGCCAAGAAAAUAGUCAUUGAGAACAACCCCAGCCUGCCUAAGCCUGAAACGGUUAAAAUCCAUCAUCUGGAGGCCAAGAGAGGGCAGAGAGUCAAAGUGUUUGGAUGGGUUCAUCGCCUCAGGAGACAGGGGAAGAACUUGAUGUUCGUUGUGCUGAGAGACGGAACUGGUUUCCUCCAGUGUGUCCUGUCUGAUCUACUGUGCCAGUGCUACAAUGGCUUGGUGUUGUCCACAGAGAGUACUGUAGCCCUGUACGGGACUAUCACUCCUGUUCCUGAGGGAAAACAGGCGCCCGGAGGCCACGAGCUGCACUGUGACUUCUGGGAGCUGGUUGGCUUAGCUCCAGCUGGGGGGGCAGAUAACCUGCUGAAUGAAGAGUCGGAUGUGGACGUCCAGCUGAACAACCGGCACAUGCUGAUCAGAGGAGAGAACGUCUCCAAGGUCCUGCGGGUCCGAUCCACCGUCACACAGUGCUUCAGGGACCACUUCUUCAGCCGCGGCUACUACGAGAUCACUCCUCCUACCCUGGUGCAGACUCAGGUGGAGGGAGGCUCCACGCUUUUUAACCUCAACUACUUUGGCGAGCAGGCGUACCUGACCCAGUCCUCCCAGCUCUACCUGGAGACCUGCAUACCUGCCCUGGGGGACACCUUCUGCAUCGCCCAGUCGUACCGGGCCGAGCAGUCCCGCACCCGCAGACACCUGUCCGAGUACACUCACAUCGAGGCCGAGUGUCCCUUCAUGACAUUUGAUGACCUGCUGAACCGACUGGAGGAUCUGGUGUGUGACGUGGUGGACCGAGUGCUCAAAUCCCCCGCCGCACCGCUGCUCUACGACAUCAACCCCAACUUCAAACCCCCCAAGAGGCCAUUCAAGAGGAUGAACUACACUGAAGCCAUCGAGUGGCUCAGAGAGCACGACGUCAAGAAGGACGACGGCUCCUACUACGAGUUUGGAGAGGACAUCCCUGAGGCUCCAGAGAGGUUGAUGACAGAUGCCAUCAACGAGACCAUCCUUCUUUGUCGUUUCCCAGCUGAGAUCAAAUCCUUCUACAUGCAGCGCUGUCCCGAGGACAAACGUCUCACUGAGUCGGUCGACCUGUUGAUGCCAAAUGUUGGUGAGAUUGUCGGAGGCUCGAUGCGUAUCUGGGACUCGGAGGAGCUGCUGGAGGGAUACAAGAGGGAGGGAAUCGACCCGACCCCAUACUACUGGUACACUGACCAGAGGAAGUACGGCACAUGUCCUCACGGCGGUUACGGUCUGGGUCUGGAGCGUUUCCUCACUUGGCUGCUGAACAGACAUCACAUCAGAGACGUCUGCCUGUACCCCCGAUUCAUCCAGCGCUGCCGACCCUAAACACACACUCACACACAUCCUGUUAGUAUAUCGGACCUGGCAUGUGGCAUCACCCUGUGAGCCAUACAGUGUAUUGCUACAAUAAGAAAUAAAAUAAAGAAUUCUGUUGUGUCCUUUUGGCAGUUUUAGGUUCGGUAUCAAACCUCAGUAGUUAGAAUUUCCACGGAGAGCUCCAUGUCUUCACUCAGACGGAGUUAGAUAUCACCUGCUGUGCUCUGCCUCAGAGUUCACAUCUUCAUUUUGGUUUGUUCUGAAUUGAAACCUGAAUCAGAUCAUUUCUGCCUCUGCUCGUGCUCGUUGGCUGAUUUCAAACAGAUAACACUGUUGUUUCCUGUAAUUUUCUGCAAGUCCUGGAAAAAAUGUCUCAAAUGUCUUGAAUGCUGCUAAAUAACUUUUUCCAUCUUAAAUUGAUUUUUUUUUUUUUUUACUUAAUGUUUAUUUUAUUAACCUUGUCCAUGGGAAUUUGUAAUGAUGAACUAAAAAUGUAGUCGCAGGCAUGACAAUUGUAAAGUCACAUAAUCAUAAUUUCACACAGAACCAAUCAAAAUAGAAGUUAAUAAGUGCACAUUACUUUGAAAAUGUAUUUGAAAAACAGCCUGUCAGCAGCUGUUCAGUAAUUUGUAUUUCUUCCAUUGUCAGUAGUUAAAUUAAUGGAACUUUCAGCCAUUGUGGAUUUCAAUGGUACAAUCAUUUUCCAAUCAAGCUAUAAGUGGUCACAGCGACUCAUAAUUCCAAGAUUUGUACCAAGGAGACAUUUUUUUUGUUUUUUUUCUUUGAUUGCAUUGCGCUUCAGUAACAAACCUACCAAAAUUGCACACAAAAAAAACUCUGCUGUAGUAAGUGUCUUAGAGGAUUUGGACUGUGACCUGAAUAUUUUGUUGAUUUCUGUAUGUAUUUUGAUGUAAAACAGGAAAGGCACAGUACUUCUUCAUCUCGCACUCUGCUCCUCCAUCCAUUAUCCUGACUGUCUUGGUGGUUGGGUGAAGUUCUUUCUCGUCAUUGGUGGGUUCAAAGUCAAAUCACAAAAAACAGCCAUGCUUUUGUGCACUCUUCAUGUAUUUGGGAACAUUUGACUUAUAAUCUGAAAUAAAACAACUAGGUCUAGAAAUCAAAGGUAGUAACGUAACAUGGGCAGCAGCCGGCCCAUCAAAUUGGUAUCAGCUCUCGUCUGUUUCUGCCUUUUCAUCUGAAAAUACUCAACUCGAUAAACUACUUGAAUAAAUGGGAUUCAAACAGAUGGUUGUCUGAAGGUUUUCUUUAGGUUCUGUAUGUCACAUCCAUGUUCACAUCAUUUGUACCUUGUCUUUGAGUGGUGGUUAAUGCUAAAAUGCAUCACCUGCUGAGGAUUCAGUUUUAUAACCCACUUUAAUUUUCAUGUUUUUAGUCAUUUCAUCUUAAGGCAAACCAAGUUAAUUUAUUUAGCCCUUUUUCUUUUGACCUUUAAAAACUUAGCCUGGCUUAAAAGUACUAUUAUCAAAACUUUUUACCACACUAACAGCA